UUUUGAAUUCUCUUCAAUUGCCUUUCUAUACAUAUAAAGAAUAAACUCAAACAUAUUUCACUACUUUCCUCUCCUUCAACUGUUGUUCAAUUCCUAUAUUUUCAAAGAUCCAAAUAUUUUGAAAAAUAUAUGCAUCAAUUAUGAGUUCAGAGAAAAAAUUAGCUAACGCGAUGGGCGCGAAAACGGCUAGGGCUUGCGACAAUUGCAUAAGGAAAAGGGCAAGAUGGUAUUGUGCAGCCGAUGAUGCUUUCUUGUGUCAAUCUUGUGAUUCUUCCGUCCAUUCGGCCAAUCCUUUGGCUCGUAGACAUGAAAGGGUUCGUCUUAAAACAUCAUCUUUCAAAUCGUCAGAUGACUUUCCUAAUUUGGAAAGUACAGUCUCAGGGUUAGGGUCAGGGUCAGGGUCAGGAUCAGACUCAAUUCCAUCAUGGCACUGUGGAUUUACUAGAAAAGCACGAACACCUAGGUAUGGUAAUAAACAUGCAAAAAGAGUUAAAUCCACGGAGGAGGAAGAGGAGGAGGAGGAAAUGAAAAACCCUAUUCAACUCGUUGUCCCAGAGAUAUUAAGUGAUGAAAAUUCACACGAUGAAAAUGAAGAAGAGCAACUCUUGUAUCGCGUACCUAUUUUUGAUCCCUUUAUGGCGGAUGGCUCUAAUUAUGGUAACGAAUAUUCUUCUAAUAAAGUUGAUUUUAAUCAAGAUAUGAAUACGUUUCAAGGUCUGCUAGCUCCAUCAGAGAUGGAGCUAGCAGAAUUUGCCGCGGAUGUGGUAAGUUUAUUAGGGAAAGGACUUGAUGAUGAAGAGUCAUUUAAUUACAUGGAAGGUUUAGGUUUUUUGGAAAAACAUGAUGAGAAAUUAGUGAAGGUUGAAGAUGAAGGAGAAGUGGGAUUUGUGAAUAUGAUUAGUACUAAUAAUCAAGUUGAUUAUUCAGAAUUUGAUAUGGUUGGUGAGACAUUUGAGCUCAAGUUUGAUUAUGAUUCACAAGUUAUUAAUAACUUAGAUGAAGAUAACAAAAAGGUUGAAUUUUUGGAGAUAAAUUAUGAUAGUGGGAAAAAUAAUAAUAAGAUUAUGUUAAAUCUUGAUUAUGAAAGUGUUUUAAAAUCUUGGGGUGACAAAAGAUUUCCGUGGACAACGGGCGUGCGGCCCGAAGUAGAUUUCAAUGACUGUUGGCCAGUGUGCAUGGGAAAUUGUGGGAAAAUUCACUCAUAUGGAGACAUAGCAAUAAUGAAUGGACAUGGAGGAGGAGUAGUGGAUGAAGGAAGAGAAGCAAGAGUAUUAAGGUACAAGGAAAAGCGACGAACAAGGUUGUUUUCCAAGAAAAUAAGAUACGAGGUUAGGAAAUUGAACGCUGAAAAAAGGCCUCGAAUGAAAGGAAGAUUCGUCAAGAGGACCAAUUUUGCACCAACCCCUUUUCCUUCACUUAAUAAAUAAGUGAAGUUUAAAGCAAAGGCAAGUUUAGAAUCGUUUUUGUGAGUUCAACUGAACUCAUUGCUUCAAGCUAGAACGAUGUAUAGUAUGUAUGCAAACAUUUUCUACAUAGAUGACGUUCAUUCUGGGUUUACCGACUCUAAAUACUAUAUGUUUGCAAGAAUCAGGUUUUUAUGUGCUACUUUUUAUAUAGUACAAGUAAACUUGAGCUUUCUUUCCUAGAUGUAUUAUGUAUAUAGAGAUUACAAUAUAAUGUCAUUUUUAUGAAAUUUUUUUUGUGUCA